AUGUAUCGUGGGAAGUUUUCACUUACACCCAAGAAUCAAGUCAAUGACCUAGCAGGUUCAGGUUUUCCUAAUAAUCAACAUAAAAGUCCUCCCGAACCCAUAUAUGUUUCUUCUUCGUCUUCAGAUGAUGAAAGUAACAUGCCUAAUGAUGACGCAUCUAAACAAUUAGUGCUUUAUGACCCUGUGAUAAAUGGAGACAACGCAAUUCAAUCUCCGGAUCCUUUUCAGUGGAAGCCUCCACCGCGUCCACGAAGUAGACCUUCAAGUUCAACUCCUAGAGUUUUGCCAGCAGUUGGUGCUUUCACUGUUCAAUGUGCUUCUUGUUUCAAAUGGAGGUUGAUUCCAACAAAGGAAAAAUACGAAGAAAUACGCGAGUAUAUCCUUCAACAUCCUUUUGUUUGUGAAAAAGCUCGUGAGUGGCGACCCGAUAUAUCUUGUGAUGAUCCAGAGGAUAUUUCCCAGGAUGGCAGUAGAAUUUGGGCUAUUGACAAGCCUAGCAUUGCACAGCCUCCAGAUGGAUGGCAGCGACUUCUACGAAUUAGAGGUGAAGGAAGCAGCAAAUUUGCAGAUAUAUACUAUGUAGCACCAUCAGGCAAGAAAUUGCGCUCAAUGGUCGAGGUCCAGAAGUUCUUGGCGGAUCAUCCAGAGUACAUGACAGAUGGCGUAACUCUUUCACGGUUCUCAUUUCAAAUACCUAAGCCAUUGCAAGAAAACUAUGUGAGGAAGCGUUCCCAUGCUAAAUCAGUUGAACCUGAGCAAGUGAGUCCUCUAGCUUGGGUAAGUCCAGAAGACGGCAAUAAUUCAAAUGAGGGAAGACUUGGGCUUCCUGCUCCCUUCAUGGAAGCAUAUGACCCCGACAGCCAUCCUGCAAAGAAGCAAGCAACUCGGAGUUUUUUUCCAUAA